AUAAUUUCGUUACACUAGGGUUUCUCUCCCUCACGAACUAAAAAGAAAAAAAGCUCGAGCCUUUCGCAGUUUUCAGCUCAUCUCUCUCUCGCGCCGUCGUCAACAUGGGUAAGACACGUGGUAUGGGAUCUGGGCGCAAGCUUAAGAGGCUUCGGAUUAGUCAGAGGUGGGCUGACAAGGGUUACAAGAAAUCUCACCAAGGGAACGAGUGGAAGAAGCCUUUUGCUGGAUCUUCUCAUGCUAAAGGAAUCGUCCUUGAGAAAAUCGGUAUUGAGGCUAAGCAGCCUAACUCUGCUAUCCGUAAGUGUGCUAGAGUUCAGUUGAUCAAGAACGGUAAAAAGAUUGCUGCAUUUGUCCCCAAUGAUGGUUGCUUGAACUACAUUGAAGAAAAUGACGAGGUGUUGAUUGCUGGAUUUGGGCGUAAAGGUCAUGCUGUUGGAGAUAUUCCCGGAGUUAGGUUUAAGGUGGUGAAGGUGUCUGGUGUCUCACUCAAUGCUCUCUUCAAGGAGAAGAAGGAGAAGCCUAGGUCUUAAGCUCUACUACUUUACAAGCUUUCUUGUUAAUGGAUUUUUUAUGAUAUUUGAAGACAUGUCUAUGUUCUGCUUCAAGUUUCAGUGACAUAUCUUAUUCUCGUUUCUUCUUUGUACGAGGAGUUUGAGUUAUCUUAUUUUUGUUUCAUUUGUUUUGGAUACAAAUUACCCUUAGUAUUCUUAUCCCAAUAUGAUGAAGUUCUCAUAAUA